CCUUUCGAAAAAGUAAUCGAACUUGAACGUAUCGAUGAUAGGACAUUCCGCUCGAUCGUAAAAGCGUACUCACCAACUGGCGGCGAGAAUGGAACAUACGGCGGGCACGUGUUUGCCCAAGCUGCAUGGGCUGCAGCGCAAACUGUCGCAGAAGGGUUCUUAAUACAUAACAUCACCGGAUGGUUCAUCUUAGGCGGCAAGCCAAAUGAACACUACACGUACCGCGUUCGAAAAAUCCGAGAUGGCUACAACUAUUGCAUCCGAGACGUGACCGUGAGCCAGGUUGCCGCUCAUGGGUAUAUGUUUGUAUGCACCUGCUCUUUCAAAAGGGAAGAGACCUCACCCUUCGAUGUCCAAGAGGACGUGAAUUUGAGGGACCUAUACAAGGAUACACUGGAAGAUAAAGCCGAUGAGCCGAUGGAGCAUUCAGCGGCUCCAAGCAAUGAUUCUGAAUAUUUCCGGGAAACAUCGCAUCCAGAACACUUCAACCCCGUAGCUGGAUUGCACAUACGUAAGGCUGAUAUGACGGAUUACAACCGUAGCCGCCAUCCGCUCGAUCGAAAGCAACUGACCUUUUACACCCUCCGUGGUUCACUGCCAUUACCUACCGCACCAUAUCCGCCUCCCUCAGACUCAGAUCAAAAGUUUGCCUUGACACGAGAGGCCAACAUGCAUGCCUGCGCACAUUUGUAUGCAUCGGAUCGCAACUCUCUCUUCAUCGUCCCAAACCAUCUCGGUCGGCCGCGAGACUACACCCGCAUGGCAUCCCUAUCUCACAGUGUCGUCUUUCAUGUCGGUAUCAAAGAUCUCCUCAUGACCUCUGAGCCACGGAUUGACCACCCAAACGCCGAUCCGACCUUGUGGGAAGACGGCUCGCUACCACUCUGCAACCUAGAAGAGCACAAGGAUGGUGACAAAGACGGGCGAAAAUGGUUUGUGCAAGAGGCCUGGCUCACUAGAGCUACAGGUGGGAGAGCACUUCAUACCAGUCGUAUGUGGGACUAUAAACGUGGAGUGCAUAUUGCGACAACCUUCCAAGAUGGGUUGAUCAGG